AUGUGCGAUGACGACGUCGGCGCAGCAACCGGUCUGUCGCAUAUGCGUACGCUUUCGCGUAUCACAACACGUGGCGUGCGUACUUCAUUGACUACCGUCUCCCUGUCGCCCACGCUCGUCAUCCGUGACUCACAGGUGCCGACUCUUUGCAGUAAAGCCCUUCCGGCCGGCACACGUUGUCUCGUCGGUUUUCCGGCCCGUGUAAACCGGUACUGUCUUUCCGGUACCGUUCGUUACGAGACCACGGAGACGAAGGUGUUUUUUAACCGAGUGUACGCAUACGAACAGAACAGUCUUCGCGCCCUUUAUUAUUUGCAUCUUGUUUCGUCAAAUCCUGUGUAG